UUUUUUAUUUUUUUCCUUUACUUUACUCAUAAUCAUUUGCUACAAAAUUAUUAUAGAGUUUUCUUUUUGUCUCAUUGUGAACCAUUCUUCAAUCUUUAUCAUUUUUGAUAGAUUAGAUCUCUACAAAAUGAUUAAUCUUGAUCAUGGCUUAUUUACACUUUCUAUGUCUUUCCAACAAUUUUGGGUUGUAGCUUUGUGAAUUUCUUCAAGAUAAGAUGGGAGAGACAACAGCAUCAAAUUCUGCUUUGCAAGUGUCUGUUUCUUUUGGUAGAUUUGAUAAUGAUUCACUGUCAUGGGAGAGAUGGUCUUCAUUCUCUCCAAAUAAGUAUUUGGAAGAAGUUGAGAAGUGUGCUACACCUGGAUCAGUAGCACAGAAGAAAGCUUACUUUGAAGCUCAUUACAAGAAGAUUGCGGCCCGGAAAGCCGAAUUGUUGGCUCAAGAGAAGGAAAUGGAGAGGGAGUCUUUCAGAUCAGAAGAAAAUAAUGGUAUAGAUCUGAGCGGUAAUGGUAACGGUAACAGUAACGCCUGUGAGACUGAUUCGGAAUUCGGUAUUUCUAACACUCAAGGUAGUUGUGUCGAGGAGCGCGAUGAGCAAGAAAUUGAAGUCAUCCCGGUUGGUGAAAUCGAUAGGAGUCAUGUGGAUGAUUUGAAGGAGGAGGAAGUUGCGGUUUCGGUAGAUUACCAAAGUUCAUCAGUUGAGGUGGAGAAUAAAGAGGUGGAAAGUGGAUCACAUGGUUCAUACAAGAUAGACGAGCCUGUAAAAGAUGUGUGCAUAAAACUAGAAGAAAUUCUUGACGUUGAAGCUGAAGAUGUGAAGGAAAUUUCACAUGUUGUGUACAAAGAGACAGAAAAGGCUUCACAAGUUGAAGAAAAAGAUGUGAAAUUGGAUCAUCCAAAUAAAUCUAAGGUUAUCCCUGUGAAUAGGGAAAAUAAUGCAGCCAAAACAAAGAAGAAACCGGUGGCAGCAAAAUCUAAGGCAUCUCAAAUUUCGACACCAGUGGCAGCAAAAUCUAAGGCAUCUCAAAUUUCGACACCGAGAUAUUCAAAGCCUACAUCAGCUCCAACUAAAACAUUGGCAUCUGCCGCUUCAACUAAAAAGGGAAAUCCGCAGUCUUUACCUAGGAGACAAGUUACUUCUAGUGUGGAGAACAAAAAAGCUGCGACCAGAUCUUUGCACUUGUCGAUGAGCUUAGGUCCAAGUAAUCCUGAACCAGUUCCUCAUACUACUGAUCCAGUUCCUCAUACUAUGAGGAAAUCUCUCAUUAUGGAUAGUAUGGGGGAUAAGGACAUAGUCAAACGAGCAUUUAAGACUUUCCAGAAGAAUUUUAACCAGCCAAAAACUUCUGGCGAAGAAGACAAAUCUUCGGUAAUAAAGCAGGCUCCUUCAAGGGGGAUUGCGUCAAAGGUUCCAACUUCUACAACUUUGCGGAAGGAAAAUGGAAGGCCUGCUACCGUUGAGAGGAUGGAGAAAAGAAGUGGAAGUGUUGUACGAACUUUGGCCCCGAAAAGUGACAUUAAAUCAGAGAAAGGGAAAGCGUCCUCAAGAAAAAUAGAGGAAAAACCUAAUACAAAAGUGGUAGAAAGAACGCGUCUCCAAACAAAAUUGAAGGAGGAAAAAGAGGUAGAGAUGAAAAAGCUAAAGCAUGAUUUCAAGGCCACACCCCUACCAACUUCUUAUCGUGGUCAAAAAGUAUCAAAAACUCGCGCAGAAAAGGGAGAUGCCAAGACUGAGAGCCGUCGAUAGCUGCACAGGUGGAGAAGGUAAAGAGAGGAGUAAAUGAAUAGAGGUUAAACACACCAGUGUGUCUGGUAGUAUGUGUUCAAAGGAGAAGUUGAUUUCAACAAUAUGAUAUUCUAGUUUAGUAUGCAAUAGUGGAACAGUUGAGCAAUCUUCUUCUAGUUAAAUAGGGAGCUUAAUUAUGAACAUUCUGAGGAGUAGGAGGAAGGAGUGCACAUCAUUUGUUGAUGACAAAUUUCUUCUUCGCACUCCUUCCAUGAAGUUUGAACUAGAAAAUAAUAUUGUAUAAUGUUUUAAUAAUAUGAAAAAUGCAUAUAUUUUCUUGUAAUUGGUUGCAUCA